AUGGUUCACACAUUUCCAGUCCUCUAUCCCAGUCAGCGGAUGUUCAUAUCCCUCUGCGUGAUCUUUGCGGUCCUGCCUGUCGUGGCCGUCGUCCUCAGAGUCAUCGCGAGGCGGAUGUCGAACAGGAAGCUCGACCUCAGCGACAAGAUCAUGAUCGGCGCAUGCGUCCUUCUGGUCAUUUACCAAGGCGUCAACAUAUCAGCGGUACUUGUUGGUGGUUUAGGAAUCCCAGGAGAACAGAUUGAGAAUGAAUUUGGCAUCAGACCAAGUCAAGAGAUGUUCAUCAAGCAUCUUUUGGCAAUGCAAGUCAUGUGGACGACAGACAUCACCAUUGUCAAGAUUUCCAUCCUAACCUUGUAUCUUCGCAUCUUCACCAUGCGCGCAUUCAUCAUCGCCGCCAAGGUUACUAUGGCCUUGUGCGUCACUUGGAUGAUAAUCAUGGGUGCUGGCUCCAUUUUCAUCUGCCGACCAUUCGCCUUAUACUGGGAUCCCACCCUCCCGGGAGAAUGUGGCAACCUGCUUGCAUUCUGGAUUUUCACCGGCACUCUCAACAUUGUGACCGACCUGACUAUUCUUGUCUUGCCGAUGCCUUACUUGUACGGCUUGGAGAUCGCCUUGUACAGAAAGCUGGUUCUGAUCGCGACCUUUGGAAUUGGUUUCAUUGUCUGCAUUGUGAGCUCGAUCCGCCUCAAAGCACUCGUCGGGUACGAGCAGUCCGACUCAACAGGCACGACGAUCCCAACGGCACUACUCAGUGUAAUGGAGCCGGCUCUGGGUAUCAUCCUCGGCUGUGUGCCGCUGCUUCGGCCUCUGUUUGGUGGCAGAUACUCGGCUACAGGGACAGCCAAGCUCGGUCCUCGAUCGACAAGCGAACAUAAUAGCUCGGAGAAUUCGAAGGGCUCGAAAGUGUCCAAGCGGUCCUUCAACCAGCUCAAAGAUGACACUGGCUCUGAGACGCAGCUGCGGCCGGAGCAAGGUGACUACGAGGUCGGAGCUGGGAGGGCGACGCCUCACGCGGGCUCUGAGAGGACGGGCUCUUUCGAGCUGGGGCGCAUCUCGAUGAAGAAGACGUGGGCCGUGGACGAAGAGCUGGCGCUCGGCGAUGAAAGCCACGGGAGCGACGCCAGUGGAGCUGUGGACGUAGAGGAGACGGGCGUGAACGGGGACCACCGGGCAUCAGCGGGCACCAAGCAUGGCCGCUGUCCGCACUGUCAACCGCGGUUGGCUCUGGCCAACGUCGAGAUUCAUCCACGCCGGCAAUUUCGGAAUCGUGUCAGGGACGAUAGCGAUGGCGAUAGUGGCGCAGAAAGCGAGAGCGGCGAUGAUUUGAAAGAAGUCGACACACCCUCGCCUGCUUCACCGGCUUCACCUUCCUCGCCAGCUUCACUGCCCUCGCCAACCUCUCCGCCCUCGCCACAGACUCCGCCUCCUGCGGCAACCAGCAUCGCGCCUCCUCCUCCUCCUGCUCCAGCUGUGACUACAAGCACGCUGCCCGCGACGACUACUGUACAGCCUCCACCGCCGCCGCCACCACCAGCUGUCACAACAGCCAAUCCUGUCACAACAGCCAGUCCUGUCACAACAACCAGUCCUGCUACAAGCAUCAUCUCGCCUCCCGUCAUCAAUUUGCCUGUGACGACUAUUGCGCCGCCUGUGACAACCAUUGAGCCACCUGUGACGACUGUUGCGCCGCCGGCCCCUCCCCCGCCUCCAGUUGUGACAUCUCAGUCACAGCCCAAUCUGGUUAAGGAUCCGGCGAGGGAGACUAACGACAACAGCACCACUGAUGUACCGGCAACAACGGCAGCGCCGUCAAUCGCAACCACCGUGCCUCUGGCGUCACCCUUUACGACCCUGACGCCAAUAGCACCGCCCCGGACCACAGCGACAACUAGCCUCGAUACUACAUCUUCAGAUGAGCAGUCGACCACAACUACCGAGUCUCCAACCACAACCCAGCCGACUCUUACAUUAACCCAGGUGACGACGAGUCUCACUCUCUCGUCGAGUGGGCUCGGCAAUGGAGUGCCUGCAACUACUCUGUCGACUAGAGCCAGUCCUUCCGCAACGACACGAAGAGAAUCGAUCACCACGGGUCUCGGUUUCAUGCCUAUUGAGAGUGCUGCUCCUAUUAUCCUUCCGUCGAGUACGCCAGCUGGCCCUAGUGCGGACCACAACGACGCCUCGUUCGACACUGUGCCCUGGAGUAUUGGGGCUGGCGGAGUAGCAGCUCUCAGUAUCGUUAUUGCUCUGGCAUCUAUAGCUACCACUGCGUUUGUGUUCUACAAGUGUUGCUGGCCGCGGGUCAGCAAAGGGCGGCCGCCAUCAUCAGUGUUUGGUGCUUUCGUUCCAGGUCGCAAGUUCUGGGAGAAGCCCAGCUCGGCAGUCCGCGGCAACGGCCCUGCCGCGCCCGACAUGGCGCACGUCCGCCCAGGUGAUAAGAUCAUGGACCAGGUCAUGGCGGCCGCCUACGAGGCCGAGCAGGGCAACGCUGGAGUGUACGGAAGGUACGCCGAGCGCCGAGCUUCAUGGCACACCGACAACUCGUCCAUCCUGGAGGAGAAGCAACGUCAGUACGAGGCGGCGGUGGCGGCAAGCGCCAUUAACGGCACCGCCCCGCCUGAUCCACGCAAGAGCAAAGGCCUGCACUUGGGACAGAUGAUGAACGCCUUCCUCAAGGACCGCCACGACAAGCCAGGCGCCUCCCAGAUGGAAGAGAUGCCUCGGUCGCCAGCGGGUACCACGUCUGGACCUACCGCAUUCAUGCCAAAGGGCCACCAGAUUGAGUGGUCGUGGCGGGUCUCUGUCCGUCGCGCCUCCCAGAAUCUGCGCGGCGGCGAUGGGGGAGAUGGCUGGCUCGCCAAGGCCGCACGGCUAGGAGGAUUCAAGUCGUAGGCGGGAAGGACGAGAAGAGUGCAGGUGAAGGGUCUGGUGUCAUUGCUUGGUCACUGGGGUUUGCUGACUGGAGGGGAAGCGGGGCGGAGUUAAUAUGCCGUUGAUCGACUGUCGCAGGUAUCAUCGUUAUCACAGAGCGCAAAAUCAAGUGUAAACGCGUCAAGUUGGCUCUAAUCGCGGUCUCAGCCCUUUGUUCGUGUGCGAGACGUUGUGAAGGACAACUCAAAGUGAAGCCUACCAGUUGACGGGGUUGAACCCAUUGACGAAUCAUGUUGUUCGUCGUGCUGAAUAAAGAACAAGGCGAAGCCAGGCCUUUAAAGAGUGGGGCACCGCCUUGGUGCCUCAGCUGCUGAUGUAAAUCUUGGUAAUCUGUGGGGCAGUGAGCGCGGGUGCCACCCAGACAGCCCAAUCAAGAGCUGCUUGUCAAGCACUGACUGAUCACUUAGGGAUU